UUUGUGUUGGGAGCUUAACAUGUUGAUCGUGGUUCUUUGUUUAUAAUACAUACUAUAUUUAUUGAAUAUUUUUACUUGGAACAUGGAUAACAAACGUAAAUUCAACGGUAAUGCUAAUGGAAAGUCUAAAAAGCCGAGAAAUUUUGACGACGACGAUGAAAUGGGCGGUGGGUUUGAAGCCGAAUUAGCAGCUUUCGAACCCAACGAUGAGCUUGAGCAAACGCUGCUCAUUGGCGAUGGACCCGAAAACCAACAGACCAGUGAAAGAUGGUCGCGUGCGCCACCACCAGAGCUAAAUCCUGAGGAGGACAAACUAGUGUUUCAGCAAUUGGAUGUGGAAAAUUAUCUGGGACAACCGUUGCCGGGCAUGCCAGGCGCCCAAUUGGGUCCGGUGCCGGUAGUGCGCAUGUUUGGCGUGACCAUGGAGGGAAACUCGGUGUGUUGUCAUGUGCAUGGGUUCUGUCCCUAUUUUUAUUUAGCUGCGCCGCGAAACUUUGAAAAACGGCAUUGCUAUGAGUUGCAGGAGGCCUUAGACAAGAAGGUCUUGGCCGAUAUGCGCAGCAAUAAGGACAAUGUACAGGAGGCCGUACUGGCAGUGGAGCUGGUAGAACGCCUCAAUAUACAUGGUUAUAUGGGAGAUGAAAAGCAAAGCUAUAUAAAGAUCACAUUGACUCUGCCGCGCUUUGUCGCCGCUGCUUCACGUCUGCUGAAGAAGGAGAUCAUUAUGUCGUCUUUUGAUUUCCAAGACUGUCGUGCCUUUGAGAACAACAUUGACUUUGACAUACGGUUCAUGGUGGAUAGGGACGUUGUGGGCUGCAAUUGGAUAGAGCUGCCGCCUGGUACUUGGCGUCGGCGUGGACGCAAUUCGAAACUUUUGCCUGAGUCUCGCUGCCAAAUAGAAGUUGAUGUGGCCUACGAUCAAUUCAUAUCGCACGAACCCGAGGGCGAGUGGUCCAAGGUUGCUCCAUUUCGUAUACUAUCGUUUGACAUUGAAUGCGCCGGCCGCAAAGGCAUAUUUCCGGAGGCCAAAAUGGAUCCAGUAAUACAAAUAGCCAAUAUGGUGAUGCGACAGGGAGAAUCAGAGCCUUUUAUAAGAAAUGUUUUCACAUUGAAACAAUGCGCCCCUAUACUUGGCAGUCAGGUGCUGUGUCACGCACAGGAGACCCAAUUGCUUGACAAAUGGUCGGAUUUUGUGCGCGAGGUGGAUCCGGAUAUUUUGACAGGCUACAACAUAAACAACUUCGACAUACCCUACCUAAUUAAUCGAGCAGCUCAUUUAAAAGUCAAAAACUUUGAAUAUCUGGGCAGAAUUAAGAACAUACGCUCGGUAAUUAAGGAGCAAGUGCUUCAGUCGAAACAGAUGGGCCGGCGCGAGAACCAGUAUGUAAAUUUUGAGGGCCGUGUUCCUUUUGAUUUGCUUUUUGUUCUGCUGCGCGAUUAUAAAUUGCGUUCGUACACCCUUAACGCGGUCAGUUACAAUUUCCUGCAGGAGCAGAAAGAGGAUGUGCAUCACAGCAUCAUUACGGAUCUACAAAAUGGCGAUGAACAGACGCGUCGUCGUCUGGCAAUGUACUGUCUAAAGGACGCCUAUCUGCCCCUACGUUUGUUAGGGAAACUCAUGGCCAUAGUUAACUACAUGGAAAUGGCCAGAGUAACGGGUGUGCCGCUCGAGUCGCUGCUUACACGUGGCCAGCAAAUCAAGGUGCUCAGUCAGCUUUUGCGCAAAGCAAAAACCAAGGGAUUCAUCAUGCCUUCGUACACGUCGCAAGGAUCGGAGGAACAAUAUGAGGGUGCUACGGUUAUUGAACCAAAACGCGGCUACUAUGCUGAUCCCAUAUCGACUCUCGACUUCGCCUCACUAUAUCCCAGUAUUAUGAUGGCGCACAAUCUAUGCUACACCACGCUUCUGUUACCGGGCGCUCGGGAUAAGCUAUCGCUACGUGAUGACCAAGUGGAGCGUACCCCGGCCAAUAAUAGCUUUGUGAAAGCAGAGGUGCGACGUGGGCUGCUCCCAGAGAUCUUGGAAUCACUGCUGGCAGCGCGUAAGCGAGCCAAGAACGAUCUCAAGGUGGAAAAGGAUCCCUUCAAGCGCCAAGUCUUGGAUGGCAGACAGCUGGCCCUAAAGAUAUCGGCCAAUUCAGUUUAUGGCUUCACCGGUGCUCAAGUGGGUAAGCUGCCCUGUCUGGAAAUAUCGGGCAGUGUGACUGCCUAUGGACGUACCAUGAUUGAAAUGACAAAGAAUGAGGUCGAAUCCCAUUACACCCGUGCCAAUGGGUAUGAGAACGAUGCAGUUGUCAUUUACGGCGACACCGACUCUGUGAUGGUUAAUUUCGGCGUCAAGGCCUUGGAGCGGAGCAUGGAAUUGGGGCGUGAAGCGGCGGAUCUGGUCAGCUCGAAGUUUGUGCGACCUAUUAAGCUAGAAUUCGAAAAGGUCUACUAUCCAUAUCUGCUGAUCAACAAAAAACGCUAUGCCGGCCUCUAUUUCACACGCCCGGAUAAAUAUGACAAAAUGGACUGCAAAGGUAUUGAAACGGUGCGACGCGACAAUUCGCCACUGGUUGCCAAUCUGAUGAACUCAUGUCUGCAGAAACUGCUAAUAGAGCGCGACCCGGAUGGGGCAGUGGACUAUGCCAAGCAGGUCAUUGCCGAUCUACUUUGCAAUCGCAUUGACAUAUCACAGCUUGUCAUUACCAAGGAACUGGCCAAAACAGACUACGCUGCUAAGCAGGCGCACGUGGAGUUGGCCAGCAAAAUGAAAAAACGUGACCCGGGCACAGCACCUAAGUUGGGGGAUCGUGUGCCUUAUGUGAUAUGUGCCGCGGCAAAGAAUACACCGGCUUACCAAAAGGCAGAGGAUCCUUUAUAUGUGUUGGAGAACAGUGUGCCCAUUGACGCCAACUACUAUUUGGAGCAGCAGCUGUCGAAACCACUUUUGCGCAUAUUCGAGCCUAUUCUGGGUGAUAAAGCGGAAUCAGUACUUCUCAAGGGCGCUCACACACUCACUCGCACUGUGGUGACAUCCAAAAUUGGGGGCUUGGCAGGAUUUAUGACUAAAAAAGCUUCAUGCCUUGGCUGCAAGUCUCUGAUGCCCAAGGGCUAUGAACAAGCCUGCCUCUGUCCGCACUGUGAGCCCAAAAUGAGCGAACUUUACCAGAAGGAGGUCAGCGCCAAGCGUAGCAUGGAGGAGGCUUUUGCACGUCUGUGGACCGAAUGUCAAAGAUGUCAAGGGUCUCUGCAUGAGGAAGUCAUUUGCUCUAAUAGAGAUUGCCCCAUUUUUUACAUGCGACAGAAGGUCCGCAUGGAGUUAGACACACAGGAGAAACGCGUCCGUCGGUUUGGGCUACCGGAAUGGUAAAAUAUACAUAAAGGUACACGUUUGCUUGAAUUCUUUUGUUUUUUUUACCUAUAAUUUAAAAAUUAUAUUACUAGAAAUUAUUACAAA